AUGGAGGAGAUUCUCAGGCAAGUGUUCGGCGAUUCAUCGGAUAGUGAAGACUGGGAAUCGGAGCCCGACCCGAAUCAGAGAUGGGUACAAACAGAAGGAAUCAAAGGGCUGUGGAUGUGCAGAGACUUCCUCUCUCCUCAGAACCAGUCUGCCUUGCUCUCCACAAUCCAAAACGAAGGAUGGUUCACUGAGGCCUCUCACAAUCAGGCUAUGAGGUUCGGAGACCUGCCGGGUUGGGCAGCUGAGCUGUCGGAUUCUAUUAAAGAGGUUGUACUUUCUUGUGGUAGUGAUUCUCAUCUUAUUGAUUUGGGAAGUAGUGGCGGGAAGGAGAAUGUCAGUCCGUUUUCGCCGGAGCUUUUAGCCAGAGAGCCACUCUUUGAUCAACUGAUCUUAAACUCGUACCAACCAGGUGAGGGUAUCUGCGCUCAUGUGGACCUAAUGUGCUUCGAAGAUGGAAUUGCUAUCCUCUCGCUAGAGUCAUCAUGUGUGAUGCAUUUUAGUCCAGUUGAAGGAACAAGUGGGGACUUUCUUGUUGAUGGGGAAAAGGAUCCUCGGACGACCAAGAUUCCUGUUUAUCUUACACCAGGAUCCCUGAUUCUAAUGUCAGGAGAAGCACGCUACCAAUGGAAGCACGAGAUCAACCGCAAACCUGGAUUUCAGAAGUGGCAAGGAGAGGAGCUAAAUCAGAAGAAGAGAAUCUCCAUUACUCUGAGGAAGCUUUGCCAGGUUGAGUAGCACAUUAACCGGCAAUCUAGUUUUCUUUCUUCCAGUUUUUACUAGUGAUCAACUAUAUAUAUCAGUGGUAGAAGUUUAGAUCGAUGCAGAGGAAAACUACACCUGUAUCACAGUGAUAACUGUGUCUGCUUGAGUGAAAUGACAAUUCCAUGGCAUUUUACUACUUCGUUGAACAAUGGGAACAUGUUCUCCACUCCAGAAUAUACUGGCUCUGCAGAGGGAUUAUGCUUUUACAAUGGUCAGCUCAUCAAUGCAAUAUGUGAAUUUAGACUAUACUUUUCGUGGUUCUUUGGAGGGUGCAUUAAUGUGAUCUAUCGCAACUUCAG